UCACCACAGCAGGUUGUUUUGCUGCUUGUGGGCCUCGUCGGCUCCGGAAAGUCCACCUUUGCGCAGGCCCUCGAGGCGCAUCUCCCGCACUUCCGGCGCUGCAACCAGGACGACCUCGGCGAUCGUCACGCGGUCGAGGAGCUCGCGCGGCGAACCCUCGUCGAAGGGCUCUCUGUAUGUAUCGACCGGACGAACUUUGACGAACGGCAGCGCGCGACGUGGAUCAACAUCGCACGCGAGUUCCCCGGGACGCAGGUGUGGGUGCUCGUGUUCGACACGCCGUACGAGGUAUGCGCCGAACGCCUACGCCAUCGCGCGGACCACCCCACGAUAAAGACCCCAGAAGUGGGGCUCUCCGUCCUGGCCCGCUUCUCCUCGCAGUUCCGCGCGCCCGCGCCGCAUGAGGGCCACCAGCGCCUACUCGCGCUCCGCCCCGCCGACCACCCCGCGCCGGAGUAUGCGCGCGAGGACGUGCUGGCCAUCCUCCGGCGCGUGCGCGAUGCCCCGCCCCCAGAGGCGGGGGAGCGUAAUCAAUAUGCGCCAAGGGGUGGUUUUCAUGCUAAUUCUCGCAGA